GCAAACAGCGAACAAGUCCCAAGAAGAAGAAUGAUACUCAAAUUUAUGUGUCGUGUUAUGAUUUUCGACUUGUAGUUUAUUUUAUUUUUCUUCCCAUAAAUACUUAUUUCAGGGRAAAGCGUGGGAAAUGAGAGUUUUUGCACUUCAACGGUGGGUCUCACCGCGAGGUGGGCUGACACCAUGAUCCUGAAGCCUGCACCUGCUGACGACCGACAUAUUUGACCGAUGAGCCGUUGACAACACCGCAGUCGACAUGGGGAUGACGACGAGCGAGCCGUGCAUCUACGACAAACUGUCCGAGAGCAUCGACAUCCUCCGCCAGUCGGGCUACCGCUACGGCAUGUCGGAGCGGGAGAUCGAGAGGUUCAUCAAGCAGGUCCUGGAGACCAACGAGCCCAGAAGAGAGCCGCCGCAGUUCCCCAUCCUGAGGGCCACCAUCAAGUUUGUUGUGGCCGUGGGGAUCCUGCUGCUGGUGGUGCUGGCCUUCACCUACCCGCAGAACGACCCUCAGCUGGGACUGGUCAAUCUGGGCUGUUAUAACUGGUCGUCCCCGCUCAGCCACGUCCGCCUGCUCUCCCUGCCCAUCGCCAAGAAGUACAACCUGCAAGGUUUCCAUGAGUGGUGGAGCGCCGGCUCUCUCAGGCAGAGUUUGGUGAACUGUUCAGGAUGUGCAGAGAUCUCCUCGGUGCUGGAAGUCCCGGAGAGCCUCAGAGGGACUGUGACUCUGCGACGGGGGCCACAGCUUGUCCUGCUCAAGGGUGGGGAGUCCCUCAACGUCCAGCGGCAGCAGCUCGAGGAGCUCUACUUGGCCCAUCCUGACUCCAUGUCCAUUUUGCUAGAGGAGGAGGACGGCCUGCAUGACCAGAACCUCGGCCUCCCUCAGGGACCUGCCAACUUCACUUUGUUCUGGAGGUUCAGCUCUGGGACCAGGGAGAAGGUGUUGAGGUGGCUCUUCCCAAAGGCUGAGCUCUGCCCCCUGCUGGACAGUGCUGGGACCAUCCUGCAGCGCUGCCUGGUCACCCACAGCACAAACUCCCAGAGCAAGGGUGUAAGGGUGUUGGGAUGGCUGGUGGUGGGAGAGGGGCUGCCGACUGUUCGCGUUCUGCCGGUUCAGCGGUGCCAGAAGCACUGCAGCUCCUUCAACCUGUGGCUGUCCCCUGGAGACAUGGUGUAUGCGGACCCUCGGUACUGGCAGAUGGAGCUGUUCCCCGGGCGGGGUCAGAACAUUAUUUGCGACGGAUCGGCCUUUUAGCCCUCAGGCGGGGCAGAGCUCAGGACCGGGAUGUGAUGAACAAUUCGGCGUUGAAUGUUUGGUUUUGGAGCUUGUUGGCCUUUCUGUGUCUCUGCCUGUUGUUGCCUUUUAACACCGCUGGUCUUUUUUGUAAAGCACCCUUCAGUUCUGGGUCUGUCCCACACCCCAAACUGUCUCUGAGAACUGAAAACCACUUGAUUUAAAAGGUCGUUUUGGAAAAAGGGACCCCCUGCAGGGGGGCUUCAAGGGUUUUCAGAGGAUUAAUAAGUCAUGAAGUGCCACAGCUUUAAGCCGAUCUCUUAGCAAUUAAGAAAAAAAGCCUAAAAAUGAGAGUUGUAAGAGUUUAUAGUGAUCAUAGACCUCAGAAUCACUGCCUCCAUCUAGAACUAAAUUAGGCCACGCCCUCGGUUGGUAAAUUAAACACUAAUAGGAUGUUUUUUUGUGUGCCAAAGUCUGAUAAAUUUUUCAACUACAGCAGCGGUUCUCAAAACUGUUUUGAUCUAGGGACCCCUUACAAGUGUGAACAUUUUCCAGGGACCCCCUCAUAAACCCCAUGCUGAUUUCAAAAAUAAUUUUAACCCCUAAAUACCACGGGAAUAUGAUUUUUCAUUUGGUUUAGUUUGUGUGUGUUUGUUUUUAGCAAUGCAUUGUUCCCCAUAUGCAUAAAAACUUUUUUAAAUUAUUUUUUAAGUUUUUGAGGACUCCCAAGACAUGGUUCGCAGACCCCUGGGGGUCCUGGGACCACAAUUUGAGAACCUCUSAAAUAGAGUACCAACCCASUUUUAUCAGGCCAGCUGCAUUUAUUUGGCCUCAAAUUUCUUUUUCAGCUAAUCUUGAUGCCAAAUUAGCUUUUCCUCUCAGGCAACCCUUUGUUAUCUAAUGUGCUGAAAUGUCAGAGAUGUGAAGCAUGUUCAGAUGGACUCCUCAUUUCAGUCCCUUUAUGUUCUUUUAUGUUCAUGAACAUCCAUCAGCUGCUGAACAUUUGAGACACACCGACAGCUUCGCCUUCUUCUUUUUGUUUUUGUUUUUUUGUCUGUUUGAUUUUAAUGAUAAAGGGUCAGUUCAGGAUAAAACAAGUUUCUAUUGCAGUUUGCACAGCACUUUCACAGCAAAGUCAAACUUUGCUGCAUAUUUCACUGACAUAUUCUGUCAUUUCAGUCAUUCUCUAUAAAAUAAUUUACUAGAGAUAAAAAAAAUCUAGAAAAGUAAAAAAAAUUGUAGCCAUUUUAGGGGGAAAAUGACUUGUUUUUUUGUUGAGGGAUUUCUUAUUUAGCUUAGGCUGCCACAGAUUAAAAAAAUAUAAACUGAUUUUAAUUUGGAGAUUAUGUGGUAAAAUUAUGACUUAAAUGUUUUGCUUUACUUGGGGGAAAAUAAAAAGCUUUGUGAAUUUGUUCCGUCUCUGAAACAAGUUUGAAAUGAUACAYAACAAGUUUAAAAAUUAGAACAAAGUUAAAGAUUGUGGGGUUUUAAAAUUGUUAAACUGAACUUCCUCGGUUUGUUUCGUGGAUUAUUUGGAGCUCAGUAAUAAUCUGAGCAGAAAUGUCAGAUCUGACCCUUUAACAACUCAAACUCAGCACACAGGAAAGGUUUCAACUUUACAUUUAUACAAAGCUGCUUCUCCUGUUUCAGUCUUAUUUAUUGUUUUGAUUGUAUAUAUGUCAAAUUAUUGGUUCCAGAAAAUAGGGUGUAAUAUAUUUUUAAUUGUUACAGCUAAAGUUUCAGGAGAAAGUAAUAAUGGAGAAUAUAUUUUGUGCAUUAUUGAGAAUUAAAAGUCGGAAUGAUGUUUAAUCAGUUUGCCAAAGUUAACAUGUUAAAUAGAAAUGUCUGCAUUUUAAUUCCUGACAUAAAACAAAAUCUGAUUUGUAUAAUUAAUUUUAUGAGAAAAAAAUAAAAUAUAUUUAGCUUCUUU